AGCUCUCCUAAAUCUAACGAGUGAAAUCCUUGUUGAAGCCAAACAGCCCCCGAAGCACUGGAAACUUCUUGGUCGGCACGGAGUAUACGGGUACGACUCGUCAACCCAUUUGUCUUUCCACCGUUGAUCUCCCAGCUUCGUUAUCUCCAAUGGACACAGUUCGGCGAGCCUUGCACGCAGGAUCAUGGUAUACAGACAACGCAAAAAGGCUUGGAGAGGAACUUGAUGAAUGGCUCCGACAAACUGAUUUGCCAAAAAACCAUGAUAUUAGAGGAGUUAUUGCUCCGCAUGCCGGUUAUUCAUAUUCUGGGCGGUGUGCCGCAUAUGCCUUCGCUAACAUUGACCCAGAGAAUAUUUCACGUGUGUUUCUUCUUGGUCCUUCUCACCAUUACUACACUCCGAAGUGUGCUCUUACAAAAGCUACAAUUUACAGGACACCAUUGGGAGACUUACAAGUUGAUCUGGAAGUAAUUGAGGAGCUAAAGGCAACAGGAAAAUUUGAACUCAUGGAUCUGCAUGUAGAUGAAGCAGAGCACAGUUUGGAGAUGCAUUUGCCUUAUCUUGCGAAAGUGUUUCAAGGCCAUGCAGUAAAAAUCGUACCAAUUUUGGUAGGAUCUCUGAAUUUCCAAAAUGAAGCCUUGUAUGGACGGUUGCUUUCCAAGUAUGUGGAUGAUCCUCAGAACUUCUUCUCAGUGUCAUCUGACUUCUGCCACUGGGGAUCUCGGUUCCACUACAUGCACUAUGAGAAGAAACAUGGUCCCAUACACAAGUCAAUUGAGGCGCUUGAUCACAUGGGCAUGGAAAUUAUAGAGACCGGAGAUCCUGAUGCCUUCAAAGAAUACCUCCAGGAUUUUGGCAACACCAUCUGUGGCCGACACCCAAUCAGUGUCUUCCUCCAUAUGCUGAGGAACUGCUCGGAGAAAAUUAACAUUGGCUUUAUUCGAUACGAGCAAUCAAGUAAGUGUAAGAGCAUGAAAGACAGCAGCGUCAGCUAUGCAUCGGCUACGGCUAAGCUGGAGAGCGGAAACAGGUAAAAGGAUGUGUUCUGAUCCUGACCAUCAUCCUUUUUAUGUCUAUCAACUGUAUUGUAUCAUAUCUUUUAGAUGAUAAUGUAACAUAAUUCUAUUAAAAACUUGUUUAUGAGGUUCUCCUGCCAUCACCCUCUUUCAUUAUUUGCAUAGU